CAGUAGCUCAAUGUGUCCACCAGGUGGCUCAUUGUAUCACAGAAGGGACGCUCAUGAGGACAGACACCUCCAAGAAUGGACAUUUCCGACGAUUCAACCAUGUGGCUGGUUUGAAAGGCAACCAGUAGGAAAACAGUCCAGCUGCCCACACUGUGGCCACUGUGCUCAACCACAGACUGUAAAGGGUUCAACCACAGACUGUCUAACCUGCUGUGCUCACUGUCACUGACUGACUGACUGGUUGCUGCAUGCGCGCCUGGGUCGCGCGCUACUGGUGGGCUGUGCGCUGUCACGCGCCGAAGGUGCCGUGAAAUGAAGAAAACUCACUUGCGGAGGGGAAGAGCAGUAUUUAUAAGAGCUCGUAUGGGAACAUAGGGGAGAUUGGACCAUUAGACCACUCGACUGAAAAUGGCCAGAAACACAUCUCUCUAUUUUAGAAUUGUCGAGGGCAGGAACCUCCCGGCCAAAGACGUCUCCGGAACCAGUGAUCCAUACUGCAUUGUAAAAGUAGAUAAUGAAGUUGUGGCCAGGACCGCCACAGUGUGGAAGAACCUCAGUCCUUUCUGGGGGGAGGAGUACACGCUGCACCUCCCCAUGGGCUUCCACUCGCUCUCCUUUCAUGUCAUGGACGAGGACACGAUUGGCCACGAUGAUGUUAUUGGAAAGAUAACGUUGAGCAAAGAAGCCAUUGGAUCUCAAGCUAAAGGACUAGAUUGCUGGCUGAACCUGACGAGGGUGGACCCUGAUGAAGAAGUCCAGGGAGAGAUCCACCUGAGUCUGGAGCUCCUGAAAGAUACAGAGAAGAUCAGCCUGCGAUGUCAAGUCAUUGAAGCCCGAGACUUGGCUCCAAGAGACAUUUCUGGAACCUCGGAUCCAUUUACAAGAGUUAUUUUCAACAACCACAGUGCAGAGACCUCUAUUAUCAAGAAGACCCGUUUCCCUCACUGGGGAGAGACCCUGGAGCUGGAGUUGGAUCCGGAGGAGCUGAGGGAGGAGGGGACGGUCACUGUGGAGGUCUGGGACUGGGACAUGGUGGGCAGGAAUGACUUCCUAGGAAAGGUGGAAAUCCCUUUUGCUUGUUUGCACAAAACACCUCCAUUAGAGGGCUGGUUUCGAUUGCUUCCCUUGGGAAACAAUGAGGUUGAUGCUGGUGGCAAGCUGGGAGCGCUGCGUCUGAAGGUGCGUCUGGUGGAGGAUCGGAUCCUGCCGUCUGUGUACUACCAGCCCCUGAUUGACCUUCUGGUGGAGUCAGUCAUCUCCCCUACAGAGGUGGAGGACAGCAGCGCUCUGACCAUGCUGGAGGAGGUGAACACGGUGGAAAGCCGUCAGGAUGUGGCGAUGACUCUGGUGAAGAUCUACCUGGGCCAGGGCCUGGUGGUGCCAUUCCUGGAUUACCUCAACACCCGGGAGGUCAACAACACCAGUGAUCCAAACACUUUAUUUCGCUCCAACUCACUUUCCUCCAAAGCCAUGGAACAGUUCAUGAAGGCUGUUGGCAUGCUGUAUCUGCACGAGGUGCUGAAGCCCAUCAUCAACCGCAUCUUUGACGAGAAGAAGUACAUUGAGCUGGACCCAUGUAAGAUCGACCUGAACCGCACGAGACGGAUCUCAUUCAAGGGUGCAGUGUCAGAGGCAGAGGUGCGGGACAGCAGUGUGGAGAUGCUUCAGAGCUACUUAACCAGCAUCAUUGAAUCAAUCGUGGGCUCAGUCGAUCAGUGUCCUCCUGUGAUGAGAGUGGCCUUCAAACAGCUACACAAGAGAGUGGAGGAGCAAUUUGCUGAACCUGAGAACGAGGAUGUGAAGUAUCUGGCCAUCAGUGGGUUCUUUUUCCUGCGAUUUUUUGCCCCUGCAAUCCUCACACCUAAACUGUUCCAGCUGAGGGAUCAGCACGCUGAUACGCGUACAAGCAGAACGCUGCUACUGCUGGCCAAGGCAUUGCAAAGUGUCGGGAACUUGGGCCUUCAGCUGGGUCACGGAAAGGAGCAGUGGAUGGCGCCUCUACAUCCCAUAAUCCUCCGCAGUGUGGCCUCCGUCAAAGACUUCCUCGACAAGUUGAUCGACAUAGAUCAUGACAUCGUGUCUGAGGUGCCACAGAGGGCUGUGUUCAUGCCCUCGGUCACAGUUAAAGAGGGGUUCCUCCACAAACACAAGGCAGAGGGACCUCAACUGCUGUCCCGCUUUGCUUAUAAGAAACGCUACUUCUGGUUAACCAGUGAGACGCUGUCCUACGCCAAGACGCCUGAGUGGCAGGUGCGCUCUUCAAUCCCCAUUCAGUGCGUGUGUGCCGUGGAGAGGGUGGAUGAAAAUGCCUUUCAGCAGCAGAAUGUAAUGCAGGUCAUCACCCAGGACAACGAGGGACAGCUUCACACCAUGUACAUCCAGAGCAAGAAUGUGAAUGAGCUGAACCAGUGGCUGUCGGCCAUCAGGAAGGUCAGCAUCUACAACGAGCGCAUGCUGCCCUCCUUCCACCCGGGGGCUCAUCGCAGCGGCAAGUGGACCUGCUGCCUGCAGGCGGACCGCGCUGUUACAGGCUGCAGUAAAACCCACUCCGCUGUGACUCUGGGGGACUGGAGUGACCCGCUGGAUCCAGACGUCGAGACGCAGACCAUAUACAAGCAGCUGCUGCAGGGCAGAGACAAACUCAGGAAAAAAUAUUUGGAGAUGCCAGAUUCUCAUCAGACGUCCAGCAGUAAAGAAAACAUCAGCCCUGACAUUCACCCAGAUGGUGCAGAGUGCAACGUGCAGCUGAUGAAGCCAGGUCAGAGCGCCGCCGCUCGGCUGUUGGCGGUGAUAGACGACCUGGAGCAGGCUCACGCCACCUUCCAGCGCAGAGAGACAGAGGACAGCACCAGUGUCAUUCUGAAUCCCUAGACUCGACAAACACUGGGAUCCACUACUAAUCUUUGAAAUGGGGGGGGGGGGGCAAGCAUCCUGUAAAAAUACCUGUGAACAUAAAAUAUUCCCCCUUGUUUGUCAGGGAGUAAAAGUGGCCAGAGGCUGCAACCUCAUCCAGAUUUGUAGUACUUGCAGGAAAAAGCAGAGGGAAUUCAGCCACUUUUAAUCUUUUUAGUGCCACCAACUAUAACAGUGCCGGAGAGAGAUUAUGAUACUUGACAAUAAAGGGGAGGGAGGGGGGAUUUUGAGCAUGAUCUGAUUAUUUUUCAUGUAGAUAACAAGCAAUCUCUUGCAUGGCCUGCCUGCAUCCACUUGUUGUGAAAUGUGAAAAGAAGCUUUUAUAUUUUGAGAUACUGUACAGGACCUCAGUCAGGGUCGCACAUUUUUAUGCAAAAAGCUUGUUGUUUUGUUAUCUACAGUACCUGAAUGUAAUGUGUUUUGAUAUUGCUUUUAUCAACGUUUUGUAUUAUAUUGAGGCAAUUUCUCACUUCAAUAGCAGUGACAUUUAUCUAAUCCCACCUUGAGUAUAUGAAAUCCCGGUGCACAUUUCAGAGUACACUGCCUGUACAAAAUAAUAUUAUUCCAAUCGUUGCCGUGGUCCCUUUACACAAAACAAUGUGCUUCUGUUUGGUGCUAUGGUCAGACUUACAUUGCAUAUUUAAAAUGUCCAUACCUUGAUGUAGCCAUUCCUGAUGUCACAGGGGUAUUAUCUACAAUAUAAUGUCCAUACAUAUGACUGAGACGAAAGAAAUAACAAUUAAGUAAGAUGAUACCAUUUGAUAAGUUUACAUUUCUUGAGAUGUUGGCGCCACUAUAAAUGGCUCACAUCUGUCAGGAUUCGCUGAGAUGCCAAAUUUGUAAAAUAACAAUAUUUGAACUACUCAAAUAACGUAAUUGUCUUAGAAUAUCUGUGAGUUGUAAAGCCAUUUCCCGUAGAGGGACAGAGGUCUGUGAGUAUAAUGAAGAUCAUAUCUGUGAUCAACCAGAGAGUCAUAAACAGGCCACCCUGCCCCUGGAGCUGUUUACAUUAUAUUCUGGUAGUCCAGCUACUGUAGUGUCUGUCUUUCUUUUAUAGGAGGGACAGUGCAAUAUUUACUUGUGGAGUAAACAUUAAAUGUGACAUUUUAGUACUCAUGCCAGACAUGACAAUCAAUAUUCUUUAUCUAGACUAAACCAGAGGAACAUCAGAUGUCGCUUGUGAACUUGGUAUUCCCUGAAUGAGGGCUUUUAUUCUGAAAAACAUUACUGCUUGUACUUUAUUUUUGUAAAUGAUGGUUUGUUCCAAGUGGAUUGUUACUGUGAAUUAAACACAACUGUA